CGCCAUUCUCCCGCGCACCCUCACAAGCUCUAGCCUGUGUUACACACCGGAAGUGUCCCCAGGAGCGCGCCCUGACAAGAGCACGGCGGCCAGCCACUCCUGAGCGAGCUCUUCUACACUUAGCCAAUGGUGUGAGGCGGCGGCGGGGCCUGUGCUUCCCACAGAGCAUGCGCAGCCGUUCUCCGCCAUGUUGCUUUCCUCUCGUUUUUCCUUUUUUUUCACUGAGUGACGAUAGAAGCCGCUGCUCUUUCUGUGCUGGGAACGUGCGGGUUUGGACACGGUUCGCGCAGCUCACUCGUCUGCCUAGAGCGGAAAGCUCCCGACGGGUUUCCAAUUGUACAGUCCUUGUUAGCGUUAUUUACGGAAAAAAUACCAGAAACCUGAUUAAAAUAAUUUAAGAUGUCUAACGGUUAUGAAGAUCACAUGGAUGAUGUAUGCAGGGAUGACAUGGCCAGAACUAACUUAAUUGUGAAUUACUUGCCUCAAAACAUGACACAAGAUGAGCUGCGCAGCCUUUUCAGCAGCAUUGGGGAGGUGGAAUCUGCCAAGCUAAUACGUGAUAAAGUUGCAGGGCACAGCUUAGGAUAUGGCUUUGUGAAUUACUUAAAUGCUAAAGAUGCUGAAAGAGCAAUAAACACACUUAAUGGAUUGAGACUACAAUCAAAAACUAUAAAGGUAUCGUUUGCACGUCCAAGUUCAGAAAACAUCAAGGAUGCAAACUUGUACAUCAGUGGACUUCCAAGGACGAUGACACAGAAAGAUGUUGAAGAUAUGUUUUCUGGGUUUGGCCGCAUCAUAAAUUCUCGCGUUCUUGUUGAUCAGGCUACGGGUUUAUCCCGUGGCGUUGCAUUUAUACGUUUUGACAAACGAUCAGAAGCAGAAGAAGCAAUUGCAAGCUUCAAUGGCCAUAAACCACCAGGCUCAUCUGAACCAAUCACAGUAAAGUUUGCUGCUAAUCCAAACCAGAAUAAAAACAUGGCACUUCUUUCUCAGCUGUGUCAUUCUCCAGCACGGCGGUUUGGAGGCCCUGUUCACCACCAGGCUCAAAGAUUCAGGUUUUCGCCAAUGGGGGUAGAUCAUAUGAGUAAUAUAUCUGGUGUGAAUGUUGCCAGCAAUGCUUCUUCUGGAUGGUGCAUCUUCAUUUAUAACCUUGGCCAAGACGCAGAUGAAGGAAUCCUUUGGCAGAUGUUUGGUCCAUUUGGUGCUGUCACUAAUGUGAAGGUUAUCCGUGAUUUUAACACCAACAAGUGCAAAGGUUUUGGCUUUGUGACCAUGACAAACUAUGAAGAAGCAGCCAUGGCCAUUGCAAGUCUGAAUGGAUACCGUCUAGGAGACAAGACCUUACAAGUUUCUUUCAAAACCAGCAAGUCCCACAAAUAACUUGCUCUUAAUUGUCUUUUGUAUGAAAUAGAGGAAAUAAGUUUGACAAAGUUGGGGGAAGACUUUUCUUUGUUAGUGUAAAACUCAUUCGCGCCAAUUUUCACAAGUGUGUUUUUGUCUUAGUCUAAAUGAAAAGUGGGAAAAGAUUUUUUUAUACUCUGGGGAUGCAACAUACAUGUUCAAAUGUUUGAGAGAUCCCAACAUGUUAGACCAAUUUUAAGUUCCUUAAGUUAUUUACUUUAAAUAUACAAAUAAAAUAUGAAUAACAUUAAAUGUACCCUAUGGAUGAAGAUAACUUUAAGCAUGCGUUAACCUUGAAGACUUAAAGAAGGUUUGCUCUGUGGGUUUCUAUUUUCCAGACUCUGGAAAUAACUUUUUUAAUCAAGCUGUCAAGGUGCCAGCUUAGGUAUUUGUGUAGAUAUAUAUAUAAAUAAACAUUUGUUUUUCAUUUUUUUUCUACCCUCCCUCUUCUCACUACAGCCUGACCUUAAGUUUUCUAAAAGCCACAUUUUUAGUUACUCAAAAUGAUUUGUCAACAGGUCUAUAUUACGGUGUACAGCUUCCUAGAUUAAUGUCAAAGAUAUGUCCAUUAUCUUUAUAGCAUUUCAUAGAAAUGCAGCUUGUUUCCAGAGGCAACAGCCUUCUAUACGCUUCUUAUUUUAUGUUUUCUAACAAAAGUUAAAUAUGCCUCUGAUUUCCUCUAUAUUCAUUUGAGGGUUUUCUUAGAACCAUUUUAAAAACUAAACAUGUUUUUUUUGGCUUGGUUUGAACAAUGGUUCUAAAAAGCAGGAAUGGAUUUUUUUUUAAUUUUACCCAAGCCAGUUUCUUGUUUUUUUUUCUCUUAAAUAGGCCAUAUGAGAGGCAGGGAAGGACCAAAGAGUUCUUUGUGCAUUAACUGAACUCUAAAAAAAACAAA